AAAUACUACUCCGCUCCAAAAGUUGGUGUGGGGAGAGCAGAGAAUGGACUGGAGUGGAUUGUGUGCAGAAACAACGAUCUCCUUCUUCACCUCUCUGCCUGCACAUUCUCUCUCACUCCUCCAAAUUAUUUCUCUCUCUUCAAAACCACAUGUAAAUGUAGCCGAAAAAUUCAGCUCCUUUUCUCAUACAUUAUUACUGUAGUGAACACAAGUACAGAACAGAGCAAAACAAUGGCUGAAUUUUCCGUGAAGAAUCUCGCGGCGGCGUGGCUAAUGGGCACGGCGGCGGACAUGCCCGCCCAAAUCGGGCAUGUUUGGGUGGUAAUCAGAGCUUCGUUUCUGGUUCCCCUGCUCAGGUUUUCUCUGUACAUUUGUUUGGUCUCUUCGACAAUGUUGUUCCUCGAGUGGGUUUACAUCGGAGCUGUUCUUAUUUAUGUGAAACUCUCCGGCAGAAACCCUGAAAAUAUUUACAAAUGUGACCCUAUCUCGGAGGAGGAUCCAGAAAUCGGCACCGCCGCUUUUCCCAUGGUUCUUGUCCAGAUUCCCUUGUGCAACGAAAAAGAGGUUUACAAGCUUUCAAUUGGGGCAGCGUGUAAUUUAUCUUGGCCUGCUGAUAGGCUACUCAUUCAAGUUAUUGAUGGUUCAAGUGACAGUUCCAUUAGGGAUAUGAUUGAGAAAGAAUGCAUGAAGUGGUUGAGCAAAGGUGUAAACAUUAAGUACCAAAUGAGACAGACAAAAGGAGGCUACAAAGCUGGUGCCCUGAAAGAAGGUUCCGGAUACGACUACGUUAAAGAAUGCGAGCAUGUCGUCAUUUUCGAUUCUGAUUUCCAACCGGGCUCCGAUUUUCUCAGACGGGCCGUCCCUUUUCUCGUUCACAACCCUGAAAUCGGACUUGUUCAAGCCCGUUGGAGGUUUGUGAAUGCAGAUGAAUGUUUGUUGACAAGAUUGCAGGAAAUUUCACUGGACUAUCAUUUCAUGGCUGAGCAAGAAGUCGGAUCGUCCGCUCACGCCUUCUUUGGCUUCAACGGAAGUGCUGGAAUAUGGAGAAUUGCUGCAAUAAAUGAGGCUGGAGGGUGGGAUGAUAGGACCACUUCAGAGGACAUGGAUCUUGCUAUUCGGGCCGGGCUCCUCGGAUGGAAACUCGUUUACGUAGGAACCCUCCAGGUGAAUAGCGAACUUCCGAGUACUUUUAAAGCCUUCCGUUCUCAGCAGCACCGUUGGUUUUGUGGUCCGACCAAUUUAUUCAGGAAAAUUGUGAUGGAUAUUUUUAAGAGCAAGAAAGUAUCACAAUGGAAUAAGGUUUACAUGAUCUACAAUUUCUUCGUUGUCCGUAAAAUCAUCGGCCACACGUGUGUAUUCUUUUCGUACUGUGUGGUGCUACCUUUGACGGUUCUGUUACCCGAAGUUGAUGUUCCAAAAGCAGGAGCGGUUUUCGUUCCGUGCAUCAUCGGCGCUAUAAACUCGAUUUACGCAACUCCAAGGUCACUCCACCUUAUAUUUUUGUGGAUCCUUUUCGAGAGCGCCAUGUCAUUUCAUCGAACAAAGGCUAUAUUUACGGGCCUGCUCGGUUCAAAGAAUGCUAAUCAAUGGGUAGUUACUCAAAAACACGGAGAUGCUGCAGAAAACAAGGCCAAUAAUAUUAUCGAAGCAACUGCACCAAAGGAAUCAAGAUUUAAGAUUCUCCGAAACAGAAUAUUACUACCGGAGCUGGGAAUUGCCGUUUUUGUUUUAUGGAGUGGAUGCUAUGGAUUUCUCUACGGUAGGGAUUACUAUUUCAUAUACCUCUUCAUUCAAGCAAUCACCUUGACAAUGGUGGGAUUUGGCUUCAUUGGCAAAAUUUUGCCAAAUUAUUAGCACAAUAAGAAUUAGUCCAAUUAUUUUUAUUUAAUUUUUUAUUUUUAUUUUUUAUUUUUGAUAUAAGCAAUUACAAUAGUUGACUUUAGUAGAGAUUUUUCUUUGUCAACCUUGUUAGAAAAAAAGAUUUUGGUAUCAAUUUCUUGAUCUUGCACAAUUCUUAUUAUUGUCAACUUAAACUACAUUUCUUUUAAAGUGGUUCAUUAUUUGUCCUCCAAAGCCUUGUUUGGUUAUAAGAUAAAUGAUUAAUUGCAUAAUUAGUUAAUUUAUCUUGACUUAUUAAGAGAUUGUAUAUACAAUUGGAUUCUUGUAAAAUUAUAUUGUUGGAUUCUCUUGUAUUAUUGCAAUAAAAAGAAGCACUCGAAUAGUA